ACUGGGGAGCUCAGCAGUUCAAGGUACAAAAAUAAAGUGAAGUGGAGUAAACCUGUGCCUUUUGUUAUUGUUGCUCAGUAGCUUUAAAUUGUCAAAAUUGUGAAAGUGCGCAGUUGGAAAAAAUAAAUGAAUUUAAAUUCAAAUAUACAAACACAAGGAAUUUAAUUUUAUCAUCAUUCUCAAAUAUAUAAAUAUAAGUAUAAGUAAGCAGAGGUUAAGUUAUUGUUCUAUACAACCCAUUUUAUGUCAAUGUCAUGAACACUACGAAUUAAUACACAUCACUGUUGAUUUUCCUCUGACAGCUCAACUGUCAUUCGCGAAGCCGCGAAAUUUUAUAAAAUUUAAAAACAAAUUUAUUGUCAAGAUGAAUGUUUCAAAUUCCGUGGAUAAUUUUCCAUUGCCCAUCAAAGAUAUGCCCGAGUCCUGGUUCAGAGAUGAGCAAAUGAAUGCGAUGUUCGCAGAAUUUCGUAGUCGUUCCGUAAAUCCCCAAGAUUGGGAUUCUAAAUAUAAAUUUUGGCAGGAAUUAGUGUCAAAGUGGCUGAGCUUUAACAAUAAAUGCAGUUUCACAAUGACUGAUCUUAAAUCGACAUUUAAAAGAAAAGGAUGUACGCCUCUAUGUUUAAAAACUGUCCUUGAAGAAUUACACAGGAAUCGGGAAAUUGUCACGGAAGAUGAAUUUUUGUAUGACCAAAAUUCUUGGACCUCUUGGCUAGUCGACACCGUUGUUAAGAAACCAGUAGUCUGGUCUUUUUCGAAACUUAAAAAUUAUUUUGUCACCAGUGUUCCUCUCAAUUCAAAUAUCCGGUAUAUUCAUUUGAAAACAGUCAAAGAAUUAGCAGAUACGAUACUUGGUUUGUCAUCGAAUGAAAAUCCAACAAUUUUGUCAGUUCAACAAAUAACGGAAAAAUGCAGAGUAAUUUGUGAUAACAAAAGUUUGUCUGAAGAAAAUGUUAAAUUGGCUUUACUAUGGAUUGGAAGAUACAAAAGUAGUCAAUUAAAUAUUCAAGGCAAUCAUGUGUGGGAUUGUCUUUUAAAAAUAACGCCGACUGGCAUCAGUAAUUUGUCUGAAAUAGAGGAGGGUUUGUAUAAAAUAAGAGAAAGUGAGAAAAUUAUUUUAAAAAGGAUAGAGGAAUUAGAAACUGAACGUAAUGAAAAUUUAACGAAGGUAAAGUCUUAUAUAAGCAAUGGACUUAAAGAGGUGGCGAAAACUUACUUGAGAAGAAAACAUGAACUUGAUAAAAGAAUAGAGAAACAUUCUGUUACGCUACAGAAUCUUCAGAGCUUGAAAUUAAACAUUUCUGACGUGCACUCUAAUUCAGAAGUUCUACAUGCUUAUAAAAAAGGCAAUGAGAUACUGAAAAACUGCGAAAAUACUGGACUAUCUGCGACGAAUGUUCAAGAUACAAUGGAUGAUAUGCAUGAGAUAAUUGAAGAAUUGAAUGACAUUCAGAAAGUACUGUCGGAACCUGUAAAAAUUGAUGAAUCAGAUCAGGAUCUAGAGGAAGAAUUAAAAGAGUUAAUGAAUUCUAAUUCUGAUAAUGAACCGCUGCCUUCAGUGCCUACUUCUGAAAUCUCUGAUCUUGAAGAAAGAUUAUCGGAUUUGCGUUUUCCAGAAUAUCCCGUGCCUCCACAACCAAAAGUUUCUUCUACGAGCCACAGUGUCAAGACUUUAUUGUGAAUGAAUUAUUUUCUUCGUUAAAAAAAUGAAGUAAUUAACAGUUCAUAUUUAAAUAUAUUUUUGUAUACUAACAUAGUCAAUUAUUAAAUAUUAAAAUUAGCUGUAAGUUUAUUCAAUUAAUAUAUAUUUGAUGCAUAAUUUACUCAAUGAGUGGACUUAUUGAUAUUUAUAUUAAAAUUGGACUGGGAUUUUUUCCCGUGUACUUUAUUUGGAUUGAAACAAAGAAAAUACAUAAAAAUAAUGUUUGUUUUUUUAAAUUAAUGGUCAGUUAACAUGAUGCGCGAUUAAUAUGAGACUUACAAUAAAAAAAUGUAAUUCUGACAAGGAUAUAAUGAAGUCAAAACAAAUUCAGUUGAUGAAAACCAGGCGUUUCUGUUUUGAGUAAAAAAAACUGAUGAUUGUCAAGCCGCUCAUGCACAAUAGUCUGAACUUGGCUUGUUUUUGUUGGCUGAACAGGCGUUAAAA